AUGGGCUUACAAACCUAUAUCCCAGAGCUGCCAAAAGACACAACUCUUGAAGGCAGGACUGUUCUCGUCACUGGCGGCACUAACGGUAUCGGUUUCGAAGCUGCCCGACAAUUUCUUACAUUCAAAGUGCCCCGUAUCAUAAUCACAGCUCGCAAUGCAUCUAGAGGAGCAGAAUCUGUGCGAGCUCUUCGUGCAGAUCCUGAAGUUGCCAAAAACAACCCCAACGCUAUCAUUGAUGUAUUUGACUUGGACCUCGACGAUUACAAGUCUGUGAUUAAAUUCAGUGAACAUGUCAAGAAGGAGGCGCCUGCUUUGGAUGUACUGGUCUGCAAUGCUGGUAUGGCCCAAAUGGUGUUUAAGAUGAGUGUGACUGGACAUGAACAGAUUAUGCAAGUGAACUGUUGGAGCAAUUUCCUACUCGUGUUGGAACUGCUUCCCGUGCUCCAAGCCACUGCAGCAAGAAAAGGACAACCAUCUCAUCUCACAUUCGUUGGAUCCAACAUGCAGAUGGGACAUACCCUUGCCUCGAAUCCCAUCCCCUCAUCUACGAAUGUCCUCGCCUUUUUCGAUGAUGAGCAAGCCGCCAAAAAGAUGAAACGAUACAACGACAGUAAAUUAGUAGUGAAUGCCUUCAUCCACCAUCUAGCUACCAUAGUUCCUAGUUCGGAAGUUAUCAUGAAUAAUUUCUGUCCAGGUGCUGUCCCGACAAAUUUUGAACAACACAUGCCCUGGUUGAUUGGGAAAAUUGUAUUGGCAGCCAAGAAAUCAAUUGGAAGAUCCAUCCAGGAGGCAGGUAGAACGGUGGUCUACGGAUCGGUUCUCGCCGGUCCGGAGAGUCAUGGCAAGUUUCUGCAGCACAACGUUGUUGUCCCUGGACCACCAUUUCUCGACGAAGAAGCAGGGAAGAAAUUCACCCAAAGAUUGUGGACUGAUACAUUGGCAGAACUGAAAACCGUAGACCCUCAGAUAAAGAUGGGAGCAUAG